AUGCCUUGUCGUUAUGCAAGAUCGGCUUCUCCAGCCUGGCCUCCUGCAGUCAGCAUAAGCCGAGAAGCUGUCCAUGACCUUGAAAUUCCGGGCCGGGACAACAACCUCCGCCAUUUUAAUGGUUUCGGCGGUGGCAAGGCCAGCAUAGGAUUAAACAGCGGAGAAUAUUGUGCGGUAACCCAGCAAGGCAGGACGAUGAGCAGCCCUCUGGCUAGCAGUCCGGUGACUCUAGUCUGGUCUGGUGCGGCCGCCGCUGUGACUGCAUUGAGACGGACAGACAGCCAGUCGGACAACGGAUCGUUGCCAGAAGGAGGAGCCUGGAGGCCAACUGAUGGAAGCGCAGGAGCUCAAUAUACGAACCAGAUUGCUCUCCACAGUCUUAUUGGGUACCGCGAUCCCGCAGCCAGAAAUAGAUGCUCGUUCGCAAUGGGGACAGUCAGAUAUUUAAGCCGCGUGUUUGACGGGGCGUUAUGGACGCAAGGCUGGCGGUUGAUUUGCGCUUCCGCCAAGUAG